GGUUGGGACCGGGGCGGGUACCAGGGCCGGGGCGUCAUGCGGUGGCCGAGUGUGCGCGCGGCGGGGCUGGUCCUGUGCACCUUCUGCUACCUGCUGGUGGGCGCCGCUGUCUUCGAUGCGCUCGAGUCGGAGGCGGAGAGUGGCCGACAGCGACUGCUGGUCCACAAGCGGGGCGCGCUCCGAAGGAAGUUCGGCUUCUCGGCGGAGGACUACAGCGAACUGGAGCGCCGGGCUCAGGCCCACCGCGCUGGCUGCCAGUGGAAGUUCGCCGGCUCCUUCUACUUCGCCAUCACCGUCAUCACUACCAUCGGGUACGACCACGCCGCGCCGGAUACGGACUCCGGCAAGGUCUUCUGCCUGUUCUACGCGCUCCUGGGCAUCCCGCUGACGCUGGUCACUUUCCAGAGCCUGGGCGAACGGCUGAACGCGCUGGCGCGGCGCCGCCUGUUGGCGGCCAAGCGCUGCCUGGGCCUGCGGUGGCCUCGCGUGUCCACGGAGAACCUGGUGGUGGCCGGGCUGCUGGCGUGCGCCGCCACCCUGGCCCUCGGGGCCGUUGCCUUCGCGCACUUCGAGGGCUGGACCUUCUUCCACGCCUACUACUACUGCUUCAUCACCCUCACUACCAUCGGCCUCGGCGACUUCGUGGCGCUGCACAGCGGCGAGGCGCUGCAGAGAACCCCCUACGUGGCCUUCAGCUUCGUCUACAUCCUUCUGGGGCUCACGGUCAUUAGCGCCUUCCUCAACCUCGUAGUCCUGCGCUUCCUGGCUGCCAGCGCCGACUGGCCUGAGCGCGCUGCCCGCCGCCCCAGUCAGCGCCGCCCGGGGGCGCCCGAGAGCCGCGGCCCCUGGCUGCCCUGCCGCCCGGCCCGCUCCCGGGGCUCCGCCUCCGUCUCCUGCCAGGUACACCAGCUGGAGAGACGCGCCCGCGACAACCUGGGCUUCUCGCCCCCUUCGAGCCCGGGGGUCAUGAGUGGUGGGGCACCCAGGCUCGGGGCCCGGCGGAAGUGCAUCUGACAACCCCACCCAGGCCAGGGUCGAGUCUGGAACGGGAGGAUCUGGCUUCAGCUAUCAGGGCACCCUCCCCAGGGUUUGGAGACGGGGUGAGGGGCCUCUGGGCGGUCUUCUGCCACGAGCAGUUUCUCAUUACCGUCUGUGGC